CAUUUUGACAGUAUGCGGUCAGAUUUCUUUCUAAGUGCGUUAUUAACAUUUUCUUUGGGUGAUUCUCAUUAAUUAAAAACGACGUCUUUAACGCUUAUAAAUGGUCUUAAUUGUCCGCGGAACGCAGUGUGAGGUGCACCCGGAUCGUACUAUGAGAGGAUAGCGAAUUAGGAAAUAAAUUUUAAAAUAAAGUAGAAAUCCGAGCUCCUUUUUCACCGACACCCAAACAUCACGAAAUAAUUCCUUAUUUUUUCUUCGUUAUUUUAACGGAAUCGUACGUUUCCCUCGAGUUCUCCCUUAAAAUACGCAAUAGUGUGGUGCUUUACGGUCUCAAACAAAAUGACCGAAUACAAACUAGUGGUUGUCGGUGCGGGAGGUGUUGGGAAAUCCGCGCUGACAAUUCAAUUGAUACAAAAUCAUUUCGUCGACGAAUAUGAUCCCACAAUCGAGGAUUCAUACCGUAAACAAGUCGUGAUAGAUAGCGAAACGUGUCUUUUGGAUAUUUUGGAUACAGCCGGACAAGAAGAGUACAGCGCAAUGAGGGAUCAGUACAUGAGAACCGGCGAAGGGUUUUUAUUGGUUUUUGCUGUUAAUUCAGCGAAAAGUUUCGAAGAUAUCAGCACUUAUAGAGAACAGAUUAAAAGGGUUAAGGAUGCCGAAGAAGUGCCUAUGGUUUUAGUUGGAAAUAAAUGUGAUUUAUCCGCAUGGGCUGUUGAUAUGAAUCAAGCGAGAGAGAUUGCAAAACAAUAUGGAAUUCCGUUUGUGGAAACAUCAGCGAAAACACGUAUGGGUGUGGACGAUGCUUUCUAUACCUUAGUAAGGGAAAUACGUGAUGACAAAAAAAAAGGGACAAGUAAGCCGAAAAUCCCCAUGAUCGGUAGUAGGCACGGUUUGAAAUUACGUUGCUCGAUUUUAUAAAACCAUAUCUGGUCUCCACACAAAAUAACAAAACAAAAACUAUUUUCUAUCGAUACUGUCUAACUUGUUAUUGUAUUUGAAAGAAUACAAAAAAGAAAUGGAUGGAGAAAACAGUUUAAUAAUAAAUAUAAUAAACCCA